GCCAAAAGUCAAGUAAAGUCAAUCAAAUCAAUUUGAUAUCAUUGUAGGAUUUUUAUAAAUUCGUAUUUCUAUUUCAUGGAAAACGAUAGGUUCUUGAAAUGAUAACUAGAUUAAUGGUGUGGAGUGUUUAGAUGUUACUAUUAAUGGCAAAACUGCCGAAUGGCCGGGUUUAGUUGGUACCUUUCUGAGGGCUUCCAAGUAAUUAUUGAGAAGUCGAAAGAGGCGAAAUGUUCAUUAAAAGAUGUACAAUUGCGUUUUUUGUGCCCUGAUGAUUUGGAAGAGGUAAGAUCUUUAUGUAGAGAUUGGUUUCCGAUAGAAUAUCCACAAUCAUGGUAUGAAGACAUCACGUCUUCCGAGAGGUUCUUUGCCCUGGCGGCAGUGUACAAGAGUCAGAUAAUAGGCCUCAUAGUGGCCGAGAUCAAGCCAUAUCUGAAACUGAAUGCAGAGGACAGAGGAAUACUUUCAAGAUGGUUUGCAUCAAAAGACACACUUGUGGCAUAUAUACUAUCUUUGGGUGUGGUUCGUCCGUUCCGUCGCUCGGGCGUGGCGACGCUGCUGCUAGACGUGUUGAUCAACCACCUGGCGGGCGCGCUGCCGCAGCCGCCGCACGAGCACCGCGUCAAGGCGAUCUUCCUGCACGUGCUCACCACCAACACUGAGGCUAUACUGUUCUAUGAGAAACGAAGAUUCAGGCUACACUCUUUCUUGCCGUACUACUAUUCGAUAAAAGGCCGCUGUAAAGACGGUUUCACGUACGUCUACUACGUGAACGGUGGUCACGCGCCGUGGGGUCUCUACGACUACGUCAAGUAUGUGGCGCGCGCGGCGUGGCGCGGCGGCGGCCUGUACCCCUGGCUGUGGGGCAAGCUGCGCACGGCGCUGACCAUCGCCUGGCACAGGUAGUGUACACACAGCGAACAGUUCAUUAUCCUGUUGAGUAUUGCCAGCCAAUGCCAUUUAUAUACAAAAGAUACCAACACUGUACUGUUUGUAUCUAUUCGACGGCAUAGAAGUACCUAAACUUAAAUUUAUUUGGAACUGAAAGUCAUACAGUUACAACGAGAGUAAACUAUCUGUGAGUAAUCGAUUUUACGCGAUAGAAUAGUUUCAGUAUUCGUAACUCAGUUGAAAUCGUAGAUUUUUUUCUAGCUAUGGGGCAACGCUGACCAUUACCUGGCACAAGUAUAGUUGCCUGGCACAAGUAUACUUGCCUGACACAAGUAUACUUGCCUGGCACAAGUAUACAGCAAACACUUGACAAUCGCAUUGAGAACUCCCAUUUUGGCGUUUUAAAAGAAUAGAUAGAAUUCACUACAGUGUAUUGGAUCCAAGUUCAUUCCUACCUAACAUAUUCGAUCGCGUAAAAGUAUAAGGAAUUGAAACAACACUUCUACGCAUCACUAUAUAUUUUUUCUUGUUGUAACUAGAUGACACUCUUUCAUGAUACAAAAUCAAGUUUAAUUCUUUCCGUGCACGAAUAUGGUUAAAAACUCUUAACACAGUUGACCCUAGAGUUUCCUCUGACCAUCUGAUUCAUGUAACCAUCGUUUAUUCUACGACUAUUAAUUCCAGUCAGUAAAAUGACAUUUCAGUGACAGUUGCACUUAACUAUUAUAGUGACAUUUCAGUGACAGUUGCACUUAACUAUUAAAAUGACAUUUCAGUGACAGUUGCACUUAACUAUUAAAAUGACAUAAGUGACAGUUGCACUUAACUAUUAAAAUGACAUAUAAGUGACAGUUGCACUUAACUAUUAAAAUGACAUAUAAGUGACAGUUGCACUUGUCAUUUUACUGACUGAAAUUCAUAAUCGUAGAAUAGCACAGGCAGUGUUACAUAAUGCAUACCUACAUCAAAUACUUGACCAUCGCAUUGAGAAUUGCCGUUUUGGCGUUUAAAUACAAAAGAUAGUAUGCGACGCUACAGUGUAUCGAAUACAAGUUUGUAUCUAUUCGGUGGCGUAGAAGUAAACUUAAAUUUAUAUGGCACUGUGAAUAGAUAUCGAUAAUGGGGAUGAUGACUAGGUUUGAAUAUAUUGAUUUUUAUGAUACAUUCGGGUAACAAUGUUAACUAAUUUAUACAUAAAAAACAAAGAUUGUCUGAAUAUUUGCAAAAUAAAUGAGAUUAUAGAAUUUCAAAAUCUAUUAAAAAUAUUUUAUCGCAAUUAGAUGAAAAUUCAUACAGUUUUGGCUUCCUUACAUUCAAUGUGACAUUUUUUAAUAUAUGAACUAUAAGCAUAAACGCACAAAUAACAAAGAUAUUAGUAAUUUUGUUAGAACGCGCAUACAAAUCUAACGAUCAUUACAUUGCCUAUGACGUCAUUAGUUCGAGCCAUUUUGUAUGGGGCGUUUUUCAGGGAUCCGCGGCAGCGCCGCAAAUCUGACCCUUUAAAUCCCUGUAGCUCCGAAAGUAAUGAUCGCAGAUACCCUGUUCCUUUUACAAAAUUGCUUUACUAUUAGUAUACUCUUAAUUUAUAUACAAUUUAAAAAACUGUCAUCAUCCCUAUAAAUUUUACGCGAUCGAAUAGGUUCAAUACUCGUAACUCAGUUGAAAGUUGAAACCCUAGAGAUAUUUCUGGCUAUAGGGCAAGCUGCAGACAGCAUUGACCAUUGUCUGGCACAGUUACACAAGUAUACAGCGAAUGUGAACACUCGACCAUUGUGUUGAGAACUGCCAUUUUGGUGUAAAAAUAGUAUGCGACACUAAAGCUGAACCUGCCAUAGUUUCCAUUAAAGCUUUACUUUUAAUUUACCCAUUACGAGACGUAAAAUUAAUACCUAAUAUUAAAUUAGGUAUUAAUUUAUAUUGACUAUUUAUAAUGAACAGUUUCAAAACAGUAACCAUAAAAGUAAACACAUGCAAUUUCAACAUUCUUCUGGUAAUAUGCAUCACAUGUCAAGCUAAUCGUUUUGACGGCCUCCUAAGGCUUUUUGACGGCGUCCGUGGUGCAGUGGUAUUUGAGGUGGAUUUACAAGACGCGAGAUCCUGGGUUCAAUCCCCGGCUGGGCCGAUUGAGGUUUUUCUAAUUAGUCCAUUAGUUACCACCCUACCGACAAAGACGUACCGCCAAGCGAUUUAGCGUUCCGGUACGAUGUCGUGUAGAAACCGAAAGGGGUGUGGUAUUUCAUCCUCCUAACAAGUGAACCCGGUUCCAUUUUAGAUUGCAUCAUCACUUACCAUCAGGUGAGAUUGUAGUCAAGGGCUAACUUGUAAAGAAUAAAAAAAAAACAACCCUUUACUCCCCAAAUUUCUGUUACUGACACCACUUUCAGACUUUUGAUUUAGCUGAUUGGCACUAAGUCUGUGGUCAAAACUGCAGUUUUUGCCCUUGUACUAUUAUACUUCGCAUAUUAGCUAUAGUGACGCAUACUAUGUGGUAUUCCGCCAUUUAGAAAUAUCAAACUAUGUCAAAAAAUCUCAUGUUGAAAUGCUUUUAUCAUGCUCUUAAAUAUUUACUCUCCAAGCAUUGAUUUCUUAAUAAAUCCAUUCCAUUUACAUUGUGUAAAAAUAUAAAUAAAUUAUAAUUAACUGAACACUGAUAUAUAUACUUGAUACAUCUGUUUACAAUUCACAUAGUUGGAAAUUUCUAAAUGGUCAUAAUUUAAAUAGAAUAAUUGUGAAUUAGUAAACACUACAAUAAAAUAAAAAUAACGUUGCUUUGUUGGCACAUUGUUAUUUCUUAUAAGUACUGUUAAUGUUCGACGAAAAAUUAACUUCUAACUUUUACAAAUCGACCCUAAUAUUAAAUCCUAAUGUAGAUUAAGGUUAAGGCAAUCAAUCAUGUGGCAUCAAAUUUCUAUGACGGUAUUUCCAAGUUAAUAAUUCAUUUAUUAUUUCCAUUAUAUCAUAAUAAUAAAUUCUCAUGAUUCAAUUUUGACAAAAAAAUAAUAGAUUAAAACUAACCAAAAAUAAACUGAAUGAAGAUUAAAUAUUUUAAUAUCUUAUAAUUAACCUAAUGCUAACCGAUUUCGUUUAACCCUUAUGCUUGUGUUGUCUCAAAUAUUUAUGAUAUUUUUAUUUAAAUGAUUUACUUAGUGCAUAAAAGAGCAUUAUAGGCAAACCCCAUAAAAGAGUCCUCUACAUGAUACAGGGGUCGUCGAGUACGAGAGCCCCGAUAUCUGACGUCAUAACCGUCAUAUCCCCUGGACGUGGGAUAUGACGGUUUUUUAACUCACGAUUUUGGGAGCGCCCGGAUUGGUACACUCAGGCCAAAACACUCUUCCAGAACGACGCUUUAAGCCGGGACCCGAGUCUCUGAGGAGAGUCCCCCCAUCUUUUAUGCCUCUGCCUUCGGGCCCCAUCAGGAGAUGCUUCUGCGCUCGCCCAAACCCCCCGGUGACGCCGCUGAGGUCCCAUUAAGGAGCCUACAGCACUAACACAAUAAGAAAAAACAAAGGGUGCGAGGUACAACAAUAUAAUUGACAUUUAAUGAAUGAAUGAAAAAUGUGAUUGGUACCCUCUCUGUAAUACUUACCUCGACAUUAUUUUACAUUAUUACAGAUCCCCACAUCCCUUUACUUCGAAGGAUUUGACGAGGAUUGAAUUAUGACGUCUUUAGACACUUACCUACAUAUUUUUUCAUAUUUGUUAUUUCUUUCCGCCGUCUAGAGAGACCAUUAUGCUAAUGUCACAGAGGAAUUGAGUAGGUUGCAAAUUUAGCUUUGAAUAUUUAUUAAUAUUAUAAUUGUGCACUGUUUAUAUUAAGUGCAUUAUUGCUUCCUUUCAAUUGUCCAUUGAACAAAAACGAAUUUAAUAUGACAAUUAUACACGUAUUCUUCAUAUAAAUUAUAUUAAUAAGUGAAUUAAUUGAGUAAUUCGUAAUACAGUAAUAUACAUUCAUACUAGGUAUCUCAUAUUUUAAAUCAAAACCCAUAUUCAUCCAAUAAUGGCCAAGUCUCAAACCUAAAAAAAAUAUAUAAUACAUCCUGGUUUAAUUCUUAUGAUGGACCUAAUAUUAUUAUCAUUUGUGAUGGAACGAUGUAGAUUUAAUUAAUAUAAUAAAUAAAUAAUUUGUAUAUGUAAUUUAAUUCAUUAAUUAUUAUUUAUGAUUUGUGUCAAGACGAAAUCAAUUUGCAUUUUUCAUUAUUUUCGAUGUUGAUCUCACGCUAUGAAAAACAAUCGCAAAAAUUUCAAAACACAACUUCCUGUCUUGAAAUUUAAUAAAGAUAGAUGGAAAACGAAAUCAAUUCGUAAUCUAACUACCAUUAGUGUCGAAUUUGACAAAUAGAUUGUUUCUAUCUCCAACGUCGCCGCUCACAAUCUUAUUACAAAUAUUUGCGUUUGAUUUUAUCUUUAAAAUUCGGUUAGAUAUUGUUCAUCACCCAAUAUCACAUAGAUUACACAGUAUAUAGAUGUGACCUUGACACAAAUUGAAAACUUUUAGAUAGCAUUUUUAAAUAUUAUCGAGCAAACAUUUUUUAAACUUCCAAGACCUGAUUUGAAAUCGGGAAUUAAAAAUUAUUUCAAAUUAACAUUAAAAAUAUUAAAAAUAGUCGUUAUUAAUAACAAAGAUGCUAUAACGUUAAAUGUCUAGGUUAGAUAAAAUACUACUAAAAAGUCAAAACACCAAAGGUUUUCGAGAUUGUAAAUUUAAAUACUCCAAAUACCUAAAUUAAUGUUAUUAAACCAAGUUUAGAUGAAAUGUUUCGAAAAUGUUAAGAUAUUUCGCCUUAAAUAAGGCGCCUUAUAAUGAGCUACCCUGCUGACUUAUAAAAUAUUAAUCUUCAUAUGCCAAAAUUUAAUCUGGCAACCACAACUAUACUUUUUAAUUUAAACAACAAUGCUGCUUGACUUCAGAAAUAAAAAUAUUAUUAUUGUAAAUCAUAAUUCAAUUACAAAUCAUCUCUAUUUUUCCACUGUAACUUGCAUAGCGUUCUUAUUUGCACAGUUAAGCUACCUAAUUAAAAAACUAACCAGACAAUUAUUUUACGAUAGUAUAAGAAUUUAUUACAAUAUUAUAUACAAGCUUGUUUGUACAUAUGUGUGUAAUAUGUAAUUUGUGUGUAUGUAUUUUAGGAUAAUCUAAUGUAUUGUUUAUUUGUUACAUACAUAAAAAGUAAAAUAUGUAUAUUUCAGUUGCAUUUAGUAAAUUGAUAAAUAAUAAUUAAAGUACACGCUUUACAAGCUGCACAAGAUUGGUAAAAUAUCUAACAAAGAUUUUUCCUGUGGUAAAUUGUGGAUGUAAAAAACAUUCCUAUAACCUAUAAACACUUUAAAUUUCAAUAUUUUAAAAAAACCUUUAAAUUUCAAGAUUAAUAUGUAAAAAGAGACCUCGAUAUUUGAUAAAAAAAAACCUCGAUAUUUGAUAAAAAAAAAACCCUGCAUCAUUAGAAUUUUGUAAAAAAAAAUGUAAUAUUCGGAAAUCAAGUUCAUAGAUUUUGGAAAAAAAAUACUUGAAUAAAAUGGAUCAAAACGACGGAUUUUACCUACUAAUCUUACUAAAAAGAGCUUUUUGUUUAAUUUUAUUAUUUGUUGUCAAUGGCUAUCAGAGUAAAUUGUAGGAUAACUUUAAAAUAUUUUGUUAAAAAGCAACAUUAAUAGAAAGUUUUGCCUAAGAUAGCCUACUUUAAUAAUAGAGUGAUGAAUACUUAGUUUCUCUGAAGUUGCAAUCGAAUAAGUCACUAUAAAGCCACAAUAGAGCAGCAAUAUAAAUAACAGUUAUAUUUGUGUAUUCUAUUUGUAUUUUUUUUUAUAAAUACAUAAUAUACUCGUUUAAGUAAUAUGAUAUAUUACGUUUACGUUAUCUAUUUUUUAUUUAACCAAUAUUUGAUGUCAAUUAUAUGUUUAAAACGAAAAUAUUUAGUUUAAUAUUUAUAACUAUUGUAAAAGAUUUGCAUCAUUAAUUAGCUACUAAUGUUUUGAUUAAUUGUAAAUAACUUUUAUCACAUCGGUAACGGCGUUUUCCAAAAUAUUCACAGAACAUUUUUCUGAAAUAUAUAUUUCAGAAAUGUUUUCAUUUCAAAAAUAAUAUAAUUUUAGGAAAUACUAAUAAGAUAAAAUUGUCUAAUAUAAUUUAUUUCAUUGUAAAAUAGUUCUGCUUUAUAAAAAAUAUUGCAACCGAAUUAUUAUGACUAAAUGGCUAAUGCAGCCACAUCACUUGUAGUUUAUUGUUUCCGAAUGAUUUGUACAUCUGUCUAGUGACCAUCAUACCAGCAAAGAAACAUUUAUUUGUUAGUAAUACCUAAUAUUUGACUUAUAAACCGGGAAGGUGGGGGGGCUAGAAUAGACUUGAUAUCGGGAGCCAGGCCCUCCUAAGGAAAUAAUCCUAGAUACGCCAAUGAUUACACAAGAGAUGUGCAAAGGACAAAUACGCUUGUCGCCUGCUCGUCACUAGCUCUCCUCUGUCGUAGUACCCCCCCACUCCACCGCGGACACUCAGACCAAUUACAAAUGGAUCAGUAUCGCACCUAAACCCACCAACAAAAUUCUGUAAUUUUUUGAAAGGGACGAGGUGAACUCACACAUUGAAAAUAUUUAACAUCAAUAUUCUGUGUCCUUACACUACACACAACUAUAAAUUUGAUUAGCAGUACACUCACAUUUAAUUCUUACACAGACUAAUAAUUUACAGAUCGCUUAGACUAUAUCCACAAAACAUAUACACAGGAUAUUAAAAUUUUUAAUCGAUGUGUUGCUGUUCCGGCUGAAGAUUGAUUCUUUUUACUUUGUAUUUAUUGUUUUUAUUAUGAUAUAAUUAACAAAUUAACCGUAACUUUAUCUUUUAGUAAACUACAAGUUGUUGACCGUUUUUUACACCAUUCAAGUACACAAAAACACGACGAAAACGAUUACAAUAAUGAAAUAUCAUCUAUUCUACAGCAACAGAAACAAUUUAUAAACGUAUUAGAUCGUUGAAUCCUGAUCUUUGACAGAGGGUUAAUGUCUAGCGAGUCAGUCCUUUUGUAAUUGGUCUAAGGCGGGCGAGGUCUGCCUUAUGGGAAAUGCCUGUAGAUAAAGGCAGACCGUGCCUUCCAAAUUAUUUAAAUAUGCGCCAAAUUAUAUAUCCCGUAUUUUCCGAGUUAGGUAUUUAAUAUAUUCCACAGGAUCGAUGUAUAUGCGAUGAUUACAAACUGUGAUGUAAGUGUAUCUAAAUAUUUUUAACUGGCGUUUCAACACAACACAUACAUUCUACUUAUGAGAUAUCUACAAAUACAUGCAAAGUGUAAUGUUCUGUUGUAAAGCAUUUAGUGUGACGUCACGUUUUGCGCUUCAUAGACAGUACACAGGCGCAGUUUGUGAAUGUGUGGAGGUGCCGGUUAAAAAUAAUUUACAUAUUAUUAUACUGUACGAUAUUGGCAGGACGACACCAUUAUCAAAUUUUUGUGAUAUUUUUUGGUACUCUAAGCUUUAAAACUAAAAUUGAUUUAUUUUGGCUUCACGAAUUUUAUUAAUCUCUGCUUAAUUACCGUGAAUCUUUCAUCACCACUAACGAUAAAUUAAAAAAAAAAAACGAGUUAUGGCAGCGAGGACUAACUUAUAUGUACAGUUUAGUGCCAUGAUUUUAUGCCAAGACAUUUUGAAGUAAGGUGCCUGUGUGUUCACAAAUAAGAUGUAAUUUAUAGGCUAACAUAAAUAUAUCGAUAUCCAUUAUUGUUAAAAAAAUAAUUGUAGCAAUACACCUAUUGGUCAUUUGUGUAAGAAAACUUUUACAUAAUUCCUGUGCUAAUGUACCAGUUUCUUUUUUAUUUAUUAAUUAAUUAUUAUUAAUCCCCAAAACCAAAGUAAAGUUAUCCUAUAUUCUUUCUCUUUAGUUAUAAAUAGAGCUGCAAUUCGACUAACUCCGUUAUCAACUAGUUCGGAUGUCAAUUUUAAAUGACUAAUUCGGACUAUAGUGAUGACUUAUUCGGACGAUAGUGAUGUGUAAAUGCUCUGUGCUUUAAGUUCCAGUUCUGAGUGCAGAUUUAUGCCAACUUGUGGUGCACAAGACCUGAGCAACUGUUUCAUAGAAAAACUUUUUCUUGAAGCGCUGAGCAUUUAGAGCACUGAGCAAUUGGUGUUAUGGAAUUGGAAUGCGAUGCGGCUCUACCAUGUUAAGUAUUUUAGUGUUAUAUAACAAUUAGUAUUAUUAUUUACGGACCAUGCUUACGCAUGUCUUUUUUGUAUUUAUUUUUCAUAAGAUGAACCUAUUUAAUAAUGAUUCCAAAUUUAUUUCUUGUGACUUGAAACUUUUUAUAUUUUAAUUUAUUAACUUAUUGUGUAAUUCAUUUUAAAUUCACUGACAUUUUUGUAUUAUUGGUAAUGUAAGUUUAUGUUAAACACAUUAUAUAAUUGAAAAUUAUUUCGCUUAAAAAUAAAUAUCAUUGUUGACUACUA